AUGGUCUGCUUGAUCGAUCUGCCCAACGAGAUCCUCAUCAACAUCUUCUCACUCCUGCCCAGGCACAACACAGACUGGCUCCACCAACUCAUCAGACUCAGCAGAAACACCAAACCAACAACCGAACUCAACGCAUACCACCAAAUCACCCUCAACAACCACCAGACCAUCAGAUCACUCUCCAAAACACUCAGAACCAAACAACCCCAACUAGCACCACUCAUACACCAAAUCACACUCAUCUCAUCAUCAACAGCAACAACAGCAACAGCAACAACAACUGAAUCAAAAACUAUCCACGAUGAAUCAAUGACCUUCUUCGCAUUCACCGCACUACUCAGACACUGCCAUCGGAUCAACCAUCUCCAACUAGAGCUAGACGGAACCAACCGAUUCGAACUCACCCAACUCUUCCAAGCCAUCUCAGACUCAAAAACCGCACAGAACAUCAACUCACUCGUCUACCUCACCCGAUCACCCAUCCAAGCCAACCAGCCCGACCUCUCCCAACUCAUCUCAAACCUCACCGCACUCAAAUCACUCUCCAUCAUCGGAAACAUCAGAUACCACCACCACCACCACACCUGCCACCACCACCACAACCCCUUCUACUAUCGCCAACUGCCCUCCCCACCUCCCCCGAUCCAGUCCAUCCUCCUCAGCUCCUCUAGGCUCACUAACAGCUCCAAGAACCAUCUCCGGAACUUGCUCAGAUCGGUCUCCAAGACCCUCCUUAAACUCACUCUCAACCAGACCAGCGGGCUCAGCUAUUCAGCCCUCUUCGACUUCACCGAACCCAUCCAAGCCACUCUAGAACACUUGGAACUCAUCGGCAACUUCUGUAACCCCAUGAGGAUCCAAUCUACUACUACUACUACUACCACUUACCAUCCUUUGCCAUUUCAUCCCGAUUGGAGCUUGUUCGUCGCUAGAUUCCGCAUCCUCAAGUCGCUCAAAUUGGUCAAUAACUUCCAUUGGAUAACUCCCAUACCCGUCCCCAUCUCAACCCAGCAACCAUCCUCCGCCUCCACCUCAUCAUAUCAUCCACUCUCUUCAUCUUCUACCCAUCAUAUACCCUCCUCACUCAACCCCCCGUCUGAUGACCAAAGCAUGACCAACGAUAUCCAGCUUCCCCAGCCGGGAUCGAUCGUUCAUACCCAUUAUCUCGACUUCAAGAGCCUCGAACUCCUCCCCAAGUCGAUCGUCCAAUUGGUCAUCCGAAACCAUCCGAAACCGCUACUCAAUCACCACCAUCAUCUUCACCAUCAUCAUCUUCAUCUUCAUCAAGAUCGACGAGCGGAAGAGUUUUUGGAAGAAGACCAAGAUGAUCAAGAGGAACAUCAUCAUCAACAACAAGAUGAUGAUGAUGAUGAGGAGGAGGAGGAGGAGGAGGGCGAUGAGCAAGUCAGAUUUGCCAGGUUCAUAGACGCCCAUCUCGACCAACUCGGGCUAGCCAACCCUGCUCGGAAUGCACACCCGUUCCUGCUCCCGCCUUCCUUCUCCCAUCUUCCUCCUGCCCCUGCCCCCGCUCCUCCAGCUCCUCCGUUCCAUCCUCUCUUCAACCCUUCUUCCUCCUAUUCUUCGGCCCUCAUCCAUCAUCAUCUCCAUCAUCUUCACUGCCACUGUCUCGCCCAUCUCGUCCACCUCAAAAUCGCUAAGCUCUGGAGUCAUCUCGAGAACCUCAGUCGGUUCGACUUCGAUCAUCGAGCGCUCAUCAGACCCCCGUCUCCGCCGCCUCCUCCUCCGACCUCUCCAUCUCAUCCUUAACCUCUUUCCCCCCCUUUCUUCUUUUCUUGCACUUCUUCUUCUUCUUUUUCUUUCACGUUGUCUUCUGCUUCUCCAUCGAAUUCUUCUUCUUCUUCUUCUUCUUUCUUCUUGGUUUUUUUUUUUUUUUUUUUUUUUUUUUUUAGUGGUC